AUGUCUUCCAGAAAUCAACGGGUUAGCAACGGUAUAAACUCGUUGGUAGGAAAGCUUCUCGCCGACAUUCCCAAAGUUGACGAAGCCUCGACUGACGAGAAAGUCAACGAGGCAAUUGAUUUUGUCUGGGAGUUUCUUGAAAACUCUCAAUCCCCAACAGUCGUUGCCGACAUCAACCAGGCUUCCGAGUUGAUUAAAAAGCACUUAUUUCAAUCAAACCCUUCACCCGAUAAAGCCAUUCGAUUUCUAAGUUUAUACAACACGCUACUUUCUAUUCCAGUGAUCAAGGAGAAAUGGGCAGUGUUAUACUUUCUGUAUCAACUCAGUGAUGAACAGCACACAUCAACACCUUCCUCUAAAUUCUCAUCCAAGAGCCUAGUAGAGGAUGCUUACCAAAACCAAAACGUUAAAAAUGGUAGUUCGACUGGAAUGGAAAUAAACUCAGGGAGAAUUGAUAAAAAUAUCAUUGACGCUUUCCAGCCGGAUGGACUGAAGAGACUACCUAUUCACGAGGGGGGACAACGUGAAAGAAAAGACGAAGAGCAUACGCUUGAGCCAGCCAUUUCUCAUCAAGAAGAGACUGUACCUAAAUCUUCUCAUCUAUCCUGUGGCUAUGCUCAAUUGAAUCCGCCAGAAACUGCAUUGCUCCGUGACUUACCAUUUACUUUGCAAGGACUCUCUUCUACGCAUCUACAGUUUUCUGAAGCAGCCUUGAGAUUACCUUCAACUCUACCAGUCCCAAUUAUAUCCAUACUGCAUACGUUAGCGGAGCCGUCUCUAUUAUACAAACGACUAACCAGUUUUGUACAGAAUCCAGGAAGUGGAUUGUUAGGCCAGAGUUUACGAGCUGCUAUAGGAGCAGAGCUACGAUCAUACUUGGGGUUAAUAGCUGUGCUCGAGGCACAGAUACGGCAAGCCCUUUCUCACACUGAUAACCAAGAUCUUCGAGGCGACAUUAGAAAGCCCGGAGUCACUUUGAAGCGAUGUGUUGUCUGGACGAGAGAGGCAACUAUGGGUCUUCGCCUCAUGGGCCUUAUCAGUGAGGAGUCCAAAAGCAAGAAAGGUGGUCAGCUAAUAUCACUUAUUCAUGGAUUUUCCUCGUCACACGGGGAUCCUAUGGUUGGAGCAUUUGCGGAGCGCUUACUAAUCCAGGUCUCACGGCCAUUCUACGAUAUGUUGCGACACUGGAUUUAUGAUGGAGAGCUAUCGGACCCUUAUCAUGAGUCGUUCAUUUCCGAACAGGAUCCACAAUCAAUACACAAUGCUCCUGAUGGGCGUAGUCGGGGUGGAGCAAGUAGUGUUUGGGAAGAUAAGUACAAGCUUAAUGAAGAAAUGGUGCCUAGCAUCAUCACGCAAGACUUUGCCCAAAAGGUUUUUUUGAUCGGGAAAUCACUCAACUUCAUUCGAUAUGGAUGUGGUGAUGCACAGUGGGUCGAGAGAUACUCGAAGGCAGCAUCGAAGGAACUUCGGUAUGGUGAUACAGCAACCCUCGAAACUUGGAUUGACGAGGCAUAUAAAACCACCAUGGCACGUCUAAUUUACCUCAUGGCCGAAAAAUUCUAUCUUUUCAAACACUUAAAAGCUCUAAAAAAUUAUAUCCUUCUCGGUCAGGGCGAUUUUAUUGCUCUUCUAAUGGAAUCUUUAUCAUCUAAUCUUGAUCGGCCCGCGGGGGCCCAGUAUCGUCACACUCUUACCGCACAGCUUGAACAUGCAAUACGUGGCUCAAACGCACAAUACGACUCUCCUGAAGUUCUACGAAGACUGGAUGCUCGAAUGUUGCAACUUUCACACGGUGAUAUUGGGUGGGACUGUUUUACUUUGGAAUAUAAGAUUGAUGCUCCGGUUGACGUCGUUGUCACUGAAUGGGGUAAUCGGCAGUACCUCAAAGUUUUUAAUUUUCUGUGGCGGAUAAAACGUGUCGAGUUCGCUUUAUCAUCGACUUGGCGAAGAUGUAUGACCGGAUCUCGAGGUGUUCUACAUGGUGAUAACAAAAUCGUAGUACAGGCCUGGAAACAAACUAGAGGUGUCUUGACCGAGAUGAUUCACUUUAUUGGACAGCUACAGUACUACAUCUUGUUCGAAGUAAUAGAAAGUUCAUGGGACGAGCUUCAGACCGAGAUUAAUAAGGAUGGUUGCACUUUAGAUGAUCUUAUCAAAGCACAUACUAGAUAUCUUAAGGCAAUUACACACAAAGGCCUUCUUGGAGCGAGGAAGAAACAUCACGGAGAAGUCGACGAGAAUACAUUUAUGAUUCAGCUAGGCGAAAUAUUACGCCUGAUGCUAAGUUAUCGCGAUUCUGUCGAUGGUCUAUAUAGCUGGUCUGUCUCAGACUUCACAAAGCGCCAAGGAGCGGAUGUGCAACGUGAGUUUUUGGGCCGACGAGAGGACGACGAUGGUCUGUUGGGCACCCCUAAUCCCAGUACCGCCCGUCUUCAUCAGCCAUCAACAGCUCAGGCUCUUCAAGAAAACAUUACAGACGAAUUCCCUAUUCUACAGGAAAGACUCAGUAGCCUAGGGAGUCAUUUUAAGACGCGCGUAUGUCUAUUACUUGGUGACUUGGCGCAUCAACCAGACGUUGAUAUGCGGUUUCUGGGCGUGGUGAUGAACUUCAACGACUUUUAUCAGCCAGUACGAAAAAAAGUUAGCCGGCCCGCGGCUCGUGAGACGGCCGUAAGAAACUCAUUGAAGUCGUGA